AUGGAGGAUGUAAUCCAAGAAGAUAUACAAUGUAGGACUGGUGAUACGAAACCCAUAACUUACGGUCACUCCCAUCAUUACCACCCCGUGAGGCAAACUAGUACUACACUGGAACGUAAAAUCAGACACAGCCGUGAACAUCCACCACAUGCGUUACCAAGAUUGAGCGUGGUUCUACCUUCCAGCAGUGGAUCGAGCACCGAUAACAUACCAUCGCCACUACCAAGCAAGAGGCCUCUAUCACAUGGCGAUGAAUCAAUGACAGUGGUCUUGUCAGCGUUUUACGCGAAGUUAUUAAUAGUUUUAGGAAUAGCUUUACCUGUAACCAGCACAAUACAAAAUGAGCUCUACACUAACAUCACCUCAGAUAUUUUCACGAUGUACUUGUACGUCAUCAGUAUGCUGUUUUUAGCAUACACUUUUUAUCAUCUUCGUAUGGCGAGACGUUAUAAAGAUGAUAACGUAAAACGCACUCGAUAUGGCAGUUUCUACCUCCACAUUGGCGUAGCGGGAUUUGGUGUUGGUUCCAUCAUCUACUCGUGUCUUCAAUUUGGCGAAUAUUUUGAUCUCUCCGGGGACUGUCAGCUGACCAUCGUGGCCGUCAAACCAGUCUUAAGAAUCCUGUACCUUGUUGCGCAAACUGUCUUCAUAUUUUCAUAUACUGACGUAUUGGAUCCAAUGCGUGGAGUGGUAAUUGACAGAUUUGGUCUAAUGCAUUUAAUCGCUACUAAUGUAUGCGAAUGGCUAAAUGUUGUAGUGCAGGAUACCAGAGAUGACAUCGUGGAUGUUGCAUACGAUCAGCCAAUCCUUUUUCGCUAUGCCAAUAUUAGUGGUCACAAACAAAUCGACAUAAAUGAUAAACUGGACAAUUUAACAAUUGAAGAAAUAGUAGAUUAUCCUAAGCCGCUGCUAUCGGUGUUCAAUAAUAACCGAACUGACAUAGGGAGCGUUAGUAAGAACUUAAGUUUUAAAUAUUUCAACGCAACAAUGAAUAACGAUAUAUGGAUCUGUAAUGUUUCGGAUAUGAUAACACCGCUAAUAAGAAAUGUGAAUCCAUACUUGAGACCUUGCGGUGUGGAGUACAGCCUUUUGUGUUCGGUUAUUAUCGCAGUAAUAUGGAACGACCUAUGCACAGUUCCUGGAUCGAAACCUUCGAAGAAAUCAAAAGCGUUUAAAGAAAUAAAGCAAUGCUGUGCUCGAGUCAAGUCUAACAAUCAUUUCUCAGUAGAUUGUGGAAGUGCUCAUAAAGGCCUAUUCAUGGGUAUUGCUGUUCUUGCCGGCACUAUCGUUAGUCUGAUGCUCUUCAACGGACUGUUUCAAAAAAAACAACACGUUGAACUAGCGCUCCUACAGAUCAACAUAUGGGAGACGAUUCUAUUCGUUUUGAUGACGAUAGCAUCAGCAGCGUGCAUUCAGCGUAUGAGAGCCCUACCGUUGCGAAAAGCUGUGUCGUCUCUACAAUUAGAACACGCGUUGUUGCUUGUCACGCAAUGUGGCGUAUACCUUUACUAUUUAUUUCAAAUAAUAGGCACUGGCUUCCUGCUAAAACGAUACUCGGAAGGAUCAAGAGCUACCAGGAUAAUAUCUCCACUUUGUGCAGUUAUCCAGAGCUCUUGCCAAACUUUGUUAGUUCUGGACGCGUGGGCUCGAAGAAGUACCAGUAACGGAAGACAGCGACCCGGCAGACAGCUGAUCACUUUUCUUCUCGUGGGAAAUUUUGCUUUAUGGCUCUUAAAUAGAGUUAAAAACGGAAGAGCAGAAUUCCAUCCGCUACAGAUGGAGUUUUACGGUGUUUGGGCUUGGACACUGAUAACUCACGUAUCAGCACCGUUGCUUGUAUGCUACAGAUUUCAAGCCACUGUAUGUCUGUAUGAAGUUUGGAAGAACUCUUACAAAAGAAAAAAUAUCGGUGAAUAUAAUGAUACAAAUGAAUUCGAAUUAAAGAAUCAUGCGCCGUGA